UUAUUGGACGAGGAGUAUGCAAACGUCAUCAACGUGCGGCACACAUAUGCCGUUUGUUUCUGUAUGCGAAAUUAACAGCUUGUACACAGAAUAUUGUAUUUUAAAAAAUACUGAUAUUAUAUAAACUGUGGAGGCUCUGUUGUGUGUCCCAUGUGCUCAAUAUGAGCGGGGGUUUGGCACCAAGCAAAAGCACAGUGUAUGUGUCGAACCUGCCGUUCUCUCUUACCAACAAUGACCUACACAAACUAUUCACCAAAUAUGGAAAAGUUGUAAAAGUUACAAUUGUUAAGGACAAAGACAGUCGGCGGAGUAAAGGGGUGGCGUUUGUUCUCUUUCUGGACAGGGAGUCGGCUCAUAACUGUGUAAGAGCGGUGAACAAUAAACAGUUGUUUGGCAGAACACUGAAGGCGAGCAUUGCCAUAGACAAUGGGCGAGCAACAGAGUUUAUAAGGAGGCGGAACUACACCGACAAAUCUAAAUGUUAUGAAUGUGGGGAUACAGGCCAUCUGAGCUAUGCGUGCCCCAAAAACAUUCUUGGAGAGAGGGAACCUCCAAAGAAGAAAGAAAAGAAAAAGAAGAAAAAGGCUCAACAACCUGAGCAUGUUGAAGAAGAAGAAAGUGAAGAAGAGGGUGAAGACCCAACAUUAGAUAGUCUGAGCCAAGCUAUUGCUUUUCAGCAAGCCUGUAUGGAGGAAGAGGAGAAACGGGGGUCUCAAGAGGAUAGUGCACUUGCUUCAACAUCCUCUGACUCUAAGAAACCAAGGAUUAAAAAGAGCGCGUACUUCAGUGAUGAGGAGGAGCUUAGUGACUAACAACAGUUUUUUUUACUAAAAAGCUGUUUGUCAAAGGUUUUUUUUUUUGUAUCUUUUUUGUACAUAGAACUGUGAUGUUUUUCUGUUUCUAGAAAUACUGUUAUUGGGUUGAUUUUAAUUCAGUAUGUGUGUUGGGGGGAGUUUUUCUAUGUGACUUAAUUAAAACCUUAUUUUCUUCAAUAACAAACCAAAUUAAUUGUUGGUUGUUUCAAUGUUAACUGCAGAAUCAGAUAAGAAAUGCUGAGUAGUAAAG